UGAAUGAUAUGGAAGAGCAAUUGAACUUCGAUCUUGCAAGUGUCGAGAAUUAGGGGAAAACAAAGUACAAGAGCUAAAAAGAGGAGUAUUAUCAAUAACUCGUGGAAUGAAAUUAUCAAGGAAAAGCCCCGUUCAACGUACAAAGUCGAAUACUUAAUGGUAAAGUAGAGCUGUUACAAGGGAAGCCUCUCCUCAUACUACUAUCACUACAUUACUACUAUCACGGUAAUGACACCACCUGUCCUGCAAGUUUAUUACUAUUUCAUUGUCGUCAAGAAGACCAGAGAUAACUAUGUUUGAUAGAAACCUAGGCGUAUGCCAUUAUCUAUGACAAGAGGAACUUCCUAUUAGGAAAGCAUGCUCACAUUGGCCUGUAAUGAAAGAAGGAAGGAGGUUAAUUGUACAUGAAGACAAUACUGAAAAAUAUGUAUAUAUGUGCUGUGACUUCUUCACGUAGUGCAGAUUGGUCUUGUCUUAAUGCUAUUGUCAGUAGCUUAGGGCUAAUGUAAAAUAAAGUCAACUAUGGAUAAAAGGAAGUUUACCAAAAGAGGACUUUGUGAGUUGGGUAUUCUCCUGUAUGUUUGCUCGCUACUGAAAGCAACCCGUCCCCACAUAAGGAAUCCUAUUGUAUAUGCCACCAAAGUAGCCAGAGGAAGUUGUACCAAGAUUACCCUGAAAGUGCAAAAACUUUCAGUGAAAAGCUUCCACAAAAAAGUGAAACCAAAUGGAGUUGAGUAUGAUCUCAAUUCUGUGGCCCUUGUCAGUCCAAAGACUGCGUUUUCUCUUAGUGUGAAGAAUUGCCAGUGGGUAAAUGCAAACUUUUACACAAAGUGCUAUGAAGACCCAAAUUUAAAGCAGUUCUGUCACACCAAAAGUAGAUGGAUUGUUUUCCAUAUAUCACCAGAUAUUCCUGAUGAUUUAUGCAUGGUAUCUCCCAUUCUUUAUCAUAAUGUGGUCAAGAACCAACAGAAUGUGGAAGUUACUGUAGAGUUGACAAAUGAUUUUCAGUACUGUAUGUCAUCAGCUUUUCAAAGAGUACUUGUGUUGUGGCAUAAUGCUCACAAUACAGAACCUCUGAUAUAUGAGGAUGUGAAUUUCCAAAGUGGCCCACGGCAAGCAUCUGAGGUGCAGGUUAAAUAUAUAGAAUCCCUCCAUUAUAAAUGUGGAAGCUAUAUAGAUAGAAUUAUUAAUGACUAUUUUAGCUUACCAAAAGGAGUAACCUUUGAUGAUGUCCUUGUGAUUCCACUGCCAAGCCAUCUUGCUUAUGAAUUUGCUAACAGUAAUUGUAUAAUCCCUCCAAAAUAUAUCUUCAUUAAAAUUUGCUCUGUUAAAGGGAAGGACAGAAAUGAAAGCCAGCAGACAAUGCUUGUGAAUAAAAGCUUCACUAGGCUGUAUCUUAGCGGUGCAACACAUUGCCCUCUUCCUUCACUGAAUGAAACCAUUCAGAGAGAUGGUAAAGUAAAAAUACCUCCAGUUUUAAACAGCAGUAUUUCAAAGUUAAAAUCAGUCAUGGAGAUGGAGAAAAGCAGAGCUCAAGGGCUAUUUGAUUCAAAAACCAAUUCACAAGUUUGUUCAGAAUGCAGUGAUAAGAGUGACUUGCAUAAUUCACACACAUCAAGUGCAAGAGCAUCUGAAUGUGUGGCAUCUUCUCAAGUGAUGAAAGAACGGUAUUCAGUUACGGCAGAUUCGGUAGCCAGUGCAUCUGUUUUAUUUAUUGGACCUCCAGGUAAUGGAGUUGAAGAAGCAGUAAACUUGGCAGCCUCUGAUCUGGGUUUAGAAGUCCUUUGGGUCGAUUGCUGGCAUUUAAAAGGGGACGCAAGUGGAACAACUGAAGCACGUGUUCGCCAGGUGUUUGUACGAGCAUCAAUGAAUGGCCAUUGUAUUCUUGCUCUGAAAGAUGUUCAUUGCAUUGCAAAGGAUAAUGAUGGAAAUGAUGAUGGUCGUGUGGUAGGAGCUUUGAAAGAAGAAAUGGUUAAACUACAACAGUCAGAUGUUGUUGUAGUGGGUACAACCCCUCAGCGAUCUUUGGUCUCAGCUGAUUUGUGGAGUGUGUGGAGCCACCAAGAAAUUGUUGAGGUACCAGACCUUUCUCAGCGAAGUUUGAUGUUUGAUUGGAUCUUCUCACUGCCAGAGCCGAAGGAUAAGAUGAGAAUUUUAGCGCAACGCACAGCUGGAUACAUUUUUGGAGAUUUUCAGGCUCUGUAUGUUGCAGCUCAAAGGUUAUGUUUAUAUCGACUGUCUUCAGAAGAUGAAAAAAUCAAUGGUGCUAAUAUCAGUAAUGAUACUCCACCUGUGACCUACAAGGAUGUUAUAAAGGCUUUAGAUGAGCUUCAAGCAAACCGCAGUAAAGCAUUAGGGGCACCCCGUAUCCCUCAAGUGCAGUGGAAGGACAUAGGUGGCUUAGAAGAAGCCAAGCGUGAGGUAGUGAACACUAUCCAGCUUCCUCUGCGUCAUCCAACACUGGUUUCGAGCGGCCUUCGACGAUCAGGUGUUUUAUUGUAUGGUCCACCAGGGACAGGAAAAACUCUCUUGGCAAAAGCAGUGGCAACUGAGUGUGGUCUUAACUCAUGUCUGUUAAAAGGACCUAACUGUUACCCUAUGUAUGUUGGGCAGAGUGAAGAAAAUGUUCGUCAAGUAUUUGCCCGUGGCAAAGCAGCAGCUCCGUGUGUUAUAUUCUUUGAUGAAUUGGACUCUUUAGCACCAAACCGCGGUCGUUCAGGAGAUUCUGGUGGGGUUAUGGAUAGAAUAGUAUCCGCCCUUUUAGCAGAGCUAGAUGGCGUAGCAGGCACAGCAGAUGUGUUUGUAGUGGCAGCUACAAAUCGUCCAGAUCUUAUUGAUCCGGCUCUGUUGCGUCCUGGAAGGUUUGAGAAACUGGUGUACCUUGGUGUUUGUGGAGACAGAGAAGGACAAGUCAAGAUACUUCAGGCAGUCACUUCUAAAGUCCCGCUAGACAAGGAUGUUCUUCUUGAACGUGUGGCUGAGCUAUUGCCCUUCACCUUAACUGGUGCUGAUUUGUAUUCCUUAUGCACUGAUGCGUUGUACACAGCACUUCAUCGCACCAUACAAGAUGUAACAGAAGGCAAAGUAAAGGAGGAGGAAGCUGAAAUUCUUCUCAGGGAGGAGGAUUUCAAGGUGGCAGUUGAACUGUUAGUACCUUCUGUGACACCGGAAGAAUUAAUUCGUUAUCAGAACCUGAAAGCCAGUCAAAGAUGAUAAACAAGACUUGUUAAGUCUUUCGUUAUACUGUGCCAACAUGUUGUCUCUGGGAUGAAUGAAUGUUCAAAACUGUUGUGCAUAACUAUGCAUUUUACAAAGUGUUAAGGUUUUAUGGACAUUACUGUGAAGCUAUGCUGUGAUGUAUACAUUACUUAAUUCUAUAGUUUUAGCUUUUUUAACAAAAUACAUUUUAUUGCUUGAUUCUCUUUGA